AAACGUAACGAAAACCACCUGCCGUUUCCGUUUCCGGGUCGUGACCCAAAAUCUCCCCGCCAUUUCUGUCUUUGUGCCAUAUCUUUGCACGAAGAAAAAUCUAGACAUUUCUUCUUUGUUGUGACGCAGUUUGUGCAUCGAGAGGGUACGAUGUCUCUCUCGGUCGACAAAGAAGCGUUCUACCGGCGCAUGAAGCGCCUCUACAACGUGUGGAAGAAAGCCCCAGACAGCGGUGCCAUGGGGAAGAUGGACGCCAUGGUGGUGGCGGUGGGCAUGGACGAGGAAGUCGUGUACGCUAAAUCCACCUCCAUACAGAUCUGGCUGUUUGGUUACGAGCUGACGGACACGGUCAUGGCGCUGUGCGAGGAUCAGAUCAUCUUCCUGGCCAGUAAGAAGAAGAUCGAGUUUCUGAAGCAACUGGAGACGGGCAGUGAGAACGCAGACGGAGUCCCACCCAUGACCCUCCUCACCAGGGAUAAGAGCGAUGGCAACAAGGCCAACUUUGCCAAACUGGUGGAGGCUCUCAAAGCCAGUAAGAAGGGGAAGACGAUGGGUGUGUUUGCCAAGGACAACUUUCCAGGAGAGUUCAUGGAGAGCUGGCGGGCAGCCCUGGACAAGGGAGGGUUUGAUAAGGCUGACAUCAGUGCAGAAGUGGCCAUGAUCAUGGCUCCGAAGGAAGACGAUGAGCUGAACGUCAUGAAGAAGGCUUGUCAGAUCACUGCAGAUGUCUUCACCAAACACUUCAAGGAACAGAUCAUGGAGAUCAUUGACGCAGACAAGAGAGUGAAGCAUGCUAAGAUAGCCGAUAGUCUGGAGCAGGCUCUUGAGGAUAAGAAGAUCCUGGGCGGUGCUGACCCCUCCAGUGUGGAGAUGUGCUACCCUGCCAUCAUACAGAGUGGAGGCAACUACAACCUCAAGUUCAGUGUGGUCAGUGACAAGAACACGCUUCACUUCGGCGCCAUCACGUGUGCGUUUGGCGUGCGCUACAAGUCGUACUGCUCCAACAUCGUGCGCACCAUGCUGGUCAACCCGUCAGACGAGAUGCAGGAAAACUACAACUUCCUGAUGGAGGUGGAGGAGGAGGUCCUCAGUCAUCUCAAACAUGAUGCUAAACUGAGUGAUGUCUACGAGUCGGCCAUCAAGUUUAUAAAGGGGAAGAAACCAGAACUAGAGAAUAAAUUCAUCAAGAACUGUGGAUUUGCCAUGGGAAUAGAAUUCAGGGAAGGCUCUUUAGUGCUGAAUGCAAAGAACACGGCCAAAGUUCGUAAAGGCAUGGUGUUUAAUGUCAACGUUGGCCUACAAGGUAUGACCAAAAAGGGAGCGAGUAAGAAUGAAGAGAAGACCUACGCUCUUUUCGUGGGUGACACCGUUCAAGUCAAUGAGGAUGCUCCUGCCACAUUGUUGACCCCUGUCAAGAAGAAGUUCAAGAGCAUUGCCAUCUUCCUCAAGAAUGAAGAUGAGGAUGAUGAUGAAGAAGAAGAAGAGGAAGAAGAGAAAGAGGACCUCCUGAAGGGGAGGGGGGCAAGGUCAGCUGUGCUGCAGAACAAACUCAGAAGCAAGCAUGGCAAAGGUGGGGAAGAGCAGGAGGAUCUCCUGCUGGGGAGAGGGAAGAAGACCACAGUCCUGCCCAACAAGCUGAGGGAUGAGAAGACUGCCGAGGAGAAGCGUAAGGAACACCAGACGGAGCUGGCUCAGAAGAUUAACGAGGAGGCCAGGCUCAGACUGUCCAAGAGGAAAGGAGACACUGUCAAACAGAAGGUUCGAAAGUCCAAUGUCGCAUACAAGACAGUCAGUCAGGUCCCCAAGGAGCCGGAUGUGAGGGACUUGAGGAUAUUUGUGGACAAGAAGUACGAAACUGUCAUCUUGCCUGUGUUCGGUGUCCCCACUCCAUACCACAUCUCUACCAUCAAGAACAUCAGUAUGAGUGUUGAAGGCGACUACACAUAUCUACGUAUCAACUUCUUCUGUCCUGGAAGUGCUCUGGGGCGAAACGAAGGAAACGUGUUUCCGAAUCCAGAGGCAACAUUUGUCAAGGAACUGACGUACCGAGCGUCCAAUCAGAAGAACACUAACACCAGUGUGGUGCCAGCCAACAACCUCAACACUGCCUUCCGCAUCAUCAAGGAUGUUCAGAAGAAGUUUAAGACGAGGGAGGCUGAAGAAAAGGAAAAGGAGGGCAUAGUAAAGCAGGACAACCUGGUUGUAAACAACAACAAGAGCAACCCCAAGCUGAAGGACCUGUACAUCAGACCCAACAUCGUACAGAAGAGGAUACAGGGCUCGCUAGAGGCACAUGUCAAUGGUUUCAGGUUUACCUCUGUGCGAGGAGACAAGGUAGACAUCCUGUACAACAACAUCAAACACGCCAUCUUCCAGCCGUGUGACGGGGAGAUGAUCAUCUGUCUACACUUCCACCUCAAGCACGCCAUCAUGUUUGGAAAGAAACGACACAGGGACGUGCAGUUCUACACAGAGGUGGGAGAGAUCACCACUGACCUGGGCAGGCACCAGAACAUGCACGACAGGGACGACCUGUAUGCAGAACAGGCUGAGCGAGAGCUCCGACACAAGUUAAAGACUGCCUUCAAGACGUUUAUUGAGAAGGUGGAGUCCAUCACCAAGGAGGAGCUUGAGUUUGAGGUGCCGUUCAGGGAGCUUGGGUUCUUCGGCGUGCCCAACCGUAGCACGGUCCUGCUGCAACCAACCAGCAGCUGUAUGGUCAGCCUGGUGGAGUGGCCUGUCUUUUGCAUUUCGCUGGACGAGAUCGAGCUUAUCCACUUCGAGCGUGUCAGUUUCCACCUGAAGAACUUUGACAUGGUCUUCAUCUUCAAAGACUACAGCCGCAAAGUCGAGAUGGUCAACUCAGUCCCCAUGCAAUCAUUGGACCAAGUCAAGGAGUGGCUCAACUCAUGUGAUAUCAAGUAUACAGAGGGUGUGCAAUCCUUGAACUGGACAAAGAUCAUGAAGACCAUCAACGACGAUCCAGAGGGCUUCUUUGAAAAUGGUGGCUGGUCAUUCUUGGAACCUGAAAGUGAUUCUGAAGGUGACGAUGAUGAUGACGAGGGUGAUGAGGAGUAUGAGGUGUCCGGGAGUGAGUUCGAGGAGGACGAGGAGUCGGACAGCGAGUACUCGGAGGACAGCGAAGCCAGCGAGGACUGGUCGGAGGAAGAUCUGGGCAGUGACGAGGAAAGCGGGAAGGACUGGGACGAACUGGAAGAGGAAGCCCGCAGAGCUGAUCGCGAGUCUAGAUACGAGGACGAAGAGGAGCGACCGCAACGAGGCGGGCGCAACCGGCAGGCUUCCCAGAAGUCCUCCAGCAAAGGUGGCGGCGGCGGCGGCGGCAGACACAAGCCGUCCCCUCACAAAUCUCCUCACAAGUCCUCCUCGCACAAGUCGUCCUCUCACCACAAGUCUCCGCACAAGUCGUCCUCGCACAAGCGGCAACGGAACGACAGCGGCGGCCGGUCGAGCAGCGCCAAGAAACAGCGCAGACACUAAGACAUUCCAACGUGUUCAGUCAAUAUUCCUUUGGACUGGGGCAGAGGUUGACCUUUUGAGUUCGCUACAUGAACUCAAUAGGGGAGCAACAGAAUUGUGGAGCUAUACCAUUAUGUGUAGGGAGAGCAUAGCUCCGACAUGAAGAAAUGGGUAAAAACAAUGCAUACAUCGAUACACGCUGUUCAUUUUACCAGUGCAGAGACUUCUCUUGAAGUGAUUGUUUCAGUAGGAUGAAAUCUUUCCAAAACAUCCAUUGUACAGAAAUCUUCAGCUGUUUUGUGUUUCAUGUGUUAUGUAUCCAAGUAACGAGUAAAGUUAAAGAUUUAUUAUUUACUUCACGGGUGUCAUUUGAAUAAGCCUUAAAGGUGACCAAUGUAUUUUUCAGAGGCUGUACUUAAAAGAGUUAAGUGUUCUCCUUUUACAUAUAAAGUAUGUCCUAUAGGUAACAUACAUGUAUCCAUGCAGCUUCUGUUCAAGUCACUGGUAAAAUUUGUGUGUCCGAAACCAUCUCAGUACCCACUUGCUGUCUUCACAUACCAUGCAUUCAAUAGCCACUGUGUAGUAAUGUUGAAUUUUGAUAUUUUUGUACAAGGUCAACAUAUGUAUAGGGACCCAUAUUGAAUAGAAGAUGUAUGUGUAAGUGCUACAGUUUGGCCAUUCAACAUCAGAUACUUUUGUACUGUUGUACAAUGUAACUACUAGUAGUUGCUAGCUCAAUGCCACUUCAUCUACACAUGUACGUUCAUUUGUUGUGAAGUUCUUUCUGAAAAAUUUUAGAAAUGGGAGUACACCUAAAUGUAUACAUGUACCCUUUAAGUCUACAUGAAGACUUCAAACUUAUUUGGAGUUCUGUUUCUUUCUGGUUGAUAAAUAACUGAAUAUGGUAGUGUGAAACAACGUCUUAUUUACUAAUUCCAAUAAGUUAAAAAGAAACCUGGCAAUUUUAUGUCUUGACCAUAAAUCAACUAUAACUUUGUUUCUUGAAUUUUGGAUUUUCUAAAAUUAUACUGAAUGGAGAAAACAAUAUAAAAACAGAAUUAGAGGAGAGAGUUUGCUUUUUACAACCCAUACAUGUACAGAUUCAAGGAGUGACUAUAUUAAGGUUCUGAUUUCUUUGCAUCAAUGUUCUGUUGUCUUGUGCUUGUUCUUCCUUGCCCAUUUUAUUUGUCAUUUCUUUGCACGGUGGGUAAGUCGUACACUAAAAUCUAAAUGUACAUGUGUCUUCUAGCCUUGGAGGUCAAGAUAGUUCUUCAGUUGUGCAGUCUACUGCAUGGUCAGUUCAUUUGAUGUUAUUUGAUGAAUAAAGAAGGGUACAAUAAGUUUUAAGUAGUGUGGGUUUGUGUUUCUUGGAGGAAGGUUUAUUCUUAUCAAAAACCAAGUUAUACAUUUGUUGUGGCCUUAUCUUAUUAUCAGUCAUGUCAGGAGUGCUUUUUCUGGAAGAGCCCGAAGAAAAUGAUUUGUGUACAUUUGUGAUUGCUGUAUGCACUUACUGUUAUCAGUACUGUUGACACAAGGGAAGGAAUUACAAAGUUACAGACAAAACAUUUUACGGUGUGGGGGGCAACAGGCUUAAAUACAAAGUUUUUCCCAUGGAAAAUGUAGAUAAUGUACUGUUGACAUUUCUUCAAAGCUCCACAAAAAUACUAAAAUCAGGCUAACGGAAUUUCAGACUGUGUUUGAAAGGGAUGGGAUCAAGGGGGGAGAAUGAAAAGCCAGUAAAAAUGAUAAUUUUCUAUUGAACUGUGUUCGAAGGAUGUACAAAAAAUUGAAUUGGGUGAGGGGGCCAAUGCGUUUUCUUCUACUGUAUUAAAGUUUGUUAUUGAUGAUUAUUUGACAGUGAAUGUACUGUACAAGUUUGAAGACAAAAAAAAUCGUCACAUUUUAUGAUGUACCACAGAGUUCACUCAUGAAAUGUUCUUCAUAUUUCUUCAUCUCGUAUAUUAUGUGUGUGAAGAGGUGUGCUUCAGAUUAUGAAUCUGGGAACCUUUUAAUUCUGAGCUUCGCGAUCUCGAAAAUAUUUGUACCCUGUGGACCACACAUGUUCCGGACUUAAGGUUCGCAGGAAGUAAGGUAACACCCUCUUAACAUAUCUGUCAUUAUCAAAUUGCAUCAAUACUGUGUGCUCUUUCCUUUUGGGUGUACAGAAAGCCAGUGCUGUAGUAGAAAACAUGUCAUUAAAGUCUUACUAAGGAUUUG